AUGAGUGUGAAGGUUUCGGUGAUCGUAGCGAUUUUUCAGUUUUUAUCAGGUUUGUUUGAGAAUCUAAGAAAUUUUAGAGUACCAAUAAGCUUGAUGUUAAAGUGAAAUAGUGAGAAAUUUGAAAGUUUUUGGCAAAAACGGGGUUGGGAGGAGAACCUGUGACCCUCUGGUAGUUGUAGACAAUGAAAAAAUGACUUAACUUUUUGAAUUUUGAUUUGCGCUUUUCAAUAGAAAUCAUAGAAAUCAUAGAAAUGGCAAAAAUCACGAUCCUGCGUGGGAAUCGAACCUUUGACCUUCUGAGCGUGAAAAAAUAACCCAGAAUUCUGAAACUCUGACUAAAAGUUACACAUUAUUCGUUUUUUUAGAAAUGAGUCGGCCUAAAAAUGAAAAAAAUAGUUAUAAUAAGAUAAUAAAAGGCUUAAGAAGUUGAUUUUUUUUUUACUUUCUGAACGUUCUUUAAAAUAUAUUUUGUAAAACUUUCUUUCAUAAAAAAAAAUCGAUUAAUGAUAAAUGAAGGAUUUACACUGACAAGGAAGGUAAUUUUUACCUGUAGAUUGAUAAUUUGAUAAAAAAAUGACCAAAUCGUUUUUGAAAAAAAGGGACAUUUUAAGUCAAAGAAAACCCUCGAAAUUUGAUGAAAUAACCUAUUUUGAGGCUUCGUUCCCUUAUUUUUUUCGAGAAACUGGAAAGGUUCAGGCUUACAGAAACUUAAUUUUUUUACAUCAAGAAUUUUCGAAUUUUCAAGAAUUUUUGAACAUUUCAGGCGCCUCAUCGCUGUUUCUACGGGUUGAAACUGGUCAUCAGAAUAUUGCCAUCAGUGGUCGUUAGUUUUGAUUUUUUGAUUUAUUGUAUUUUUCGUUAAUUUCGAACCAUGAAUAUUCGCAGGAGAUCCCUAUUUUGGACAUUUUACACGGAUUCAUUUUCAAAAUUUAACUUGUGUCGCCGCGAUUCACGUGCAUUGCCUGAAGCCGUUGACAGGUGCCGAGGAAAUGUGGGUUUUUUAUUUUAAACUUGGUAAAUUUGGGAAAAAUUGGACAGAGGGCAAGUUCACUAUACUUGUUUUUACGUUUUGAAGAGAUUGAGAAGAUUUUUUGGUCAUUAUAUGAAAUAAUCUCAUUUCUCAUUUCAUCACGUCGACUAGUCGGUCUCAUUGCCGCUCUCUCAUGAGAUAAUAUUCCGACGCCCGUCAGCCCUGGACAAGCUGGGCGCCGUACUGUUCCAACAUGGAGAAGCAGUUUAUUUGCUGGUACUACCAACGGUCCCACAUUAUUCCCCAACGCUCGCUGUCACGUCGGGACUUAAUGGACAACGAUUGUGAACCGCAACCCGUGCCGACGACUAACUCUUUGAUUAAACCAUGAUUCAGCAGAGAUUUCUUCUACAUCUUACUCUGAAGACUGAAUAAAUUGUAAAAAAUUGUAAUUAUAUGAAAUAAAACUUGAGAAAAGCUGAAAAAACGCUCUCAAGUCGGAAAUUUUACACAUAUCAAAUUCAAAAAGAAGAAAAAAAAUUGUUUGUUCCAUUUGAAAACCUGAUGGUAUCGUUUUUAUCAGCUUGAUCGGCAAGUGCAAAAACAAAACAGCCGCCAAUUCGUAAGUGAAAAGUCGCCCCACCGGGAAUUCCUAGAAGCUAGUAGAUGAUGAUGUUUCGAGAGAGGCUUAAGGCGUUCUGAUAAAUUCGCCCCACGGGGCCGGUCACUCUAACCGCAACUUGUUUCGGCUACUUUGAGAGAAAAACCUCACUUUUACGAUUGAAUUCACGGAAUAUAUCUUAAUUCCUUAUUUAAAAAGUUCAAUAAGUAAAAAAAAUCAGUUCUUUUGAGCUUCUAGCUAAGUUUCAGAAAUGAGCGAAACAAAGUUGCGAAGGCCUCGAAAUUAGUCAAAUCAGUAGCAUCAUUACUCGUUUUUGAAACGUUUUCCUGUCUGAUUAGCGCUCUUUUCUUGAAAAAAGACGUCUUCAUAGAAAAUCCAGCAAGUUUCAUGAAACUGAAUUCAGUGACCUCGUCUACUCGGAAUGUUCAAGAGGGCAAUGGAAAGUGGCGCAUUAUACAAAUUCAAAAAACUAUUUCCGGUUAAAAACGGUUUGUACCUUUUUUUUUACCACAUGUCUCGUGAAAAAAAAAAUUAAGAAUUUCUAAUAAAUUAAAAAAAUAUUCAUAUUUGCACUAAGAAUAACUGACGAGAUAAACGCGAGCUCGGUGGCGGUACAUUGACUAACUCGCAAAAAUGUCGCUUUUUUCUAGGCGCGAUCCCGCAUUUCUCUCGGCGCGACCUCGCAUUUUUCUCGGCGCCAUCUCGCAUUUAUCUUGCAUUUCGGAAAUUUUUCAAAUUGCGAGAGAAAUGCGAGCUCGCGCCUAGAAAAGUGCGAGCUGGCGCCCAGAAAAAAAUGCGAGACCGGCGCGAGAAAAAAAGCGAGAUGUUUGCGAGCUCGUCAAUGUACCGCCAGUGUCUCGCGUUUAUCUCGGCAGUUAUUCUUAGUGUGUGCGUGAGGUGCGUUUUGUGCAUUUUCACGUCGGUGCCCACGCACAAGCGUAACUUGGAACCUUGGAGCGAAUUUGUAAUUUUUGGUCGACUUUUUAUUUAGAAGUUUUUGAAGUUCCUCAGGCACUGGUGCGCGCACGCGCGGGGGUACUGAUUCUUUUUUCGUCUUUUUUAUUGAAAUACAGUUUCGAAAUAUAAUUUCUUUAUUUUUGUAGUACUACCCAGUGCCCCUGCUCACGUUUAAAAGUUGUUCCGAGCACUUUCGAACAAACUUAUGAAAAAACAUUGCCAAGUGAAAUUUUGGCAUUUCAAAUUUUUGUGCGUUCUAAUUGUUAUAAACUGAAACAGAGCAAUUGUAAGAGAUGAAAAAACAUGAAAAAUAUGAAAUUCAUAACUUUUUAACCAGUUAAAAAGCUAAAAAAUAAAAAAGACACCCCGCGCGUGCGCGCAGCAGGCGGCGCGCUCGCGCACUUUUGGCAACAAACACGCGCCGUCAGUGCCUGAGUCUCUUUCUAAUUUGAUUUGAUAUGAUUUAGGAUGUUUUUAUUGAAAUAGUUCUAGGUACACGCUAAUUUUUUACUGAGUAUCUACAAAGUUUUCUUCGUUGUCGUUCAAACUGUGAUAUUUAUUCUCUCUGUCUUUUUUCUUCGUUAAUAAAAAAAUUAUUUUCAGCCGAUAAAUGUUCAAAGGUUAUCAAUUUCGAGCAGAAAAGAACUCUCUGUUAUCGACGUCCAGGUGGAGUCCUGUGCUGCUACAGUUUUGCCGACGUAUGUUUUUUUUCCGUUUUUCAAUUUCUGUUUCAUGUAUUCUUUUAAAAUAAAAGCUUAAUUCAAAAACUCCUUAAAAUUUUAUACCCAAAUUUUGAGAAAGUAUUGCAAAAUUGAAGUUAACAAGUUUUCGACUCAUCUAGGAAUGUUUUUUGUUUAUUUGAAUUAAUUACUUUGUUACAUUUGAUCCAUAAACGUGUUUCAGAACUUCACCUUCGUGCCACAACGCCGUGAGAGGUCAUGUUCACCGGCAUGGCCGGACAGAAGGGACUUUGAGAGCGACAGAUGAUGUUGCCGAUGAGUCUCAUUCCAGAUUUCGAAGGCCAAAACGGUUUGUGUAAACUGGAAAUAAGCUUCUUAUGAUUUCAUUGUUUUCCUUUUUUUUCUCGGAUUUAUUAUUGAAAUGUGUUGAGGCUGAUGCUUUUUGCGUUUUUUUUUUUCAAUUUUAUCAGUCUUACAGGUCCGCCGAACCAGAAGUUUUUGACAGCGGUGUUCACAUUUUCCAUCAACAGCUUGAAAUUGGUUCCGAUACUACAGUUACUGUACUUCCUGGAACAAUUUUGCGGUUCGCCGAGGAUGCUGGUAUCUCUGUCAAAGGUUUUUCUAUUGGUUUUUAUAAUUUUUUUUACGAUUAUUUCAGGACGACUCCUGGUAAAUGGAACUUUCGAGAGACCAGUUAUUUUUGAGCCAAUCGAUGGGAGUUGGAAAGGAAUCGCUUUUGAGAAUGGUUUUUUAUUUUUUGAACUAUUUUUUCUUGGAUGGCUGAGUUUUGAAAAGUAUGUUUACGUCUGCUUAACUUUUUGGAAGUAGAAUUUUGGUCUGCUUAACUUUUUGUAAUUUAAAUUUUGGUCUGCUUAACUUUUCAGAAUCGAAAUUUUAGUCUGCUUAACUUUUUUGAAAUUUUGGUCUGCUUAACUUUUUAGAACCUGAAUUUUGGUCUGCUUAACUUUUAGAAAGUAGAAUUUUGGUCUGCUCAACUUUUUUGUAAUAUAAACUUUUGGUCUGCUUAACUUUCUAGAACCUAAAUUUUGGUCUGCUUAACUUUUAGAAAGUAGAAUUUUGGUCUGCUUAACUUUUUUUUAAUAUAAACUUUUGGUCUGCUUAACUUUUUAGAACCUGAAUUUUGGUCUGCUUAACUUUUUAGGACCUGAAUUUUUGGUCUGCUUAACUUUUAGAAAGUAGAAUUUUUGGUCUGCUUAACUUUUUUUCUUAAUAUAAACUUUUGGUCUGCUUAACUUUCUAGAACCUAAAUUUUGGUCUGCUUAACUUUUUGUAAUUUAAAUUUUGGUCUGCUUAACUUUCUACAUUCUAAAUUUUGGUCUGAUUAACUUUUUUGAAAUUUUGGUCUGCUUAACUUUUUAGAACCUGAAUUUUGGUCUGCUUAACUUUUUCUUAAUAUAAACUUUUGGUCUGCUUAACUUUCUAAAAACCUAAAUUUUUGGUCUGCUUAACUUUUUUUGUAAUUUUAAUUUUGGUCUGCUUAACUUUUUUUAAAAAGUUCAAUUUUUUUCCAGAAGCUGCCUGAUCAUCUUUCAAUUUUUGAAAGUUUUCCAAAGUUUCCAUUUUCAUCUAUACCUUGUCAUUAAAUCACAAGGUUUUCCAGGUGCUCGUGGCUCUAUUAUUUCCCACGCGAAUAUAUCCAGAGGCGCCAUUGGAAUCGCCAUUUACGGUGGAAAUGCGCCAUAUUUGGACCACGUGAUAGUCGAUCAAAAUCACGUUGGAAUGGAUAUAAAUUUGAAUAAUGUAAACGGAAAACUCCUAAUCUUGAGAUAAUAUACAUUUUUAGCCUCUCGCCAUGGUGAAAUUGAAUAAAGUGAUUGUAGUGAAUAACGCGGCGGCCGGUAUUUCGUCGAAUGGAAAGGUUUGAAGCCGCUCCGAGUGGUCACUUGAGGGUUCUUGCUUGACCCUCCGAUUUUUCUCUCUCUCUUUCUCUCGUCAUCCAACUAUCUCACAUCGAAGCAUGUCUCCUCCACUUGAUUCAUACUGGUAUCAAUGAUUCAUUGAUUAAAUAUUGAUUAUUUCGCACUCAAUAAUUGAUUUUUUUUUUUCGUUGCUUAUUCACCCCGUAUGUCUGUCCAACGUCCUUCUUGACACUCAAUGUUCACAGAUGAUUUGUUCAAAAAACCUUCAAUUUCGAGAAAAAGCUUCUCACGACACUCAUAUCAAUCGCUUUCCAACUUUUUUGUACCAAUAAAUGUAUCUCGAUUCCGUUGUAUUUGUAUAUUUUGGUAUCAAUUUUCGUCGCCGUCUUUGCACUAAUCUUUUUUUCGAUCAAAAAGAAGAGAAAUAAAGAAUAUUCUUUGUUUAUUCACGCAUGGUUUGCAUGGAAAAGUUGAUUCGAAUCUGAUUAUCAUUUGAAAAAAGGAAGAAAGGUGCAGGUAGAAUCAUUUCAGGGAAAGUUGACUUUGGAUGGGUGUAUCAUUGGUUCAAACGGCGGGAAUGGACUGGUCGUGGAACACCUGGAUAGUUUGGUACUCAGGUAAGGUGUACUGUAACGGGAAUAGUUACGGAAUACCUUGAAAUUUAGGAGAACCGCAUUUUUUAUCAAGGUUUUUAAAAAUUUGUUUACUGUAUCUAGGAACUCCAGAGUGGCCCUAUAGGUCUUAGGCGCCUUUGAAGAGUCCCCUCUAGGGACCACUUUACCAACCCCUAUAGGAGCCACUAUACUUUCGAAAGUGUUGGCUACAGGAGACAUUCUAGUCGAUAAUUGAUAUGAACUCUAAGCGAAGAAAAAAUCUCAUGGGGAAAAAUGAAUAUAUAGCGUUUUUUGAAUGAAAUUGAAUGACUCCUAUAGGGUCCACUUGAACUCUAAUCCCUAUAGGGACUACUUUUUCGGUCCAUAUAGGGGUUGUUUUCCACCAUAGCCCCUAUAGAGACCACUCUGGAAUCCUUAAGUAUUUUAUGGAUGGACAUCAAAAAAGUAGCUCCCAUCUUCAGUCCAAACUUGAAAUUGUCUGACUUCUCUGCUCCCUCUUUUUCUUCUUUGACCUUGCCAGAAAAGAGAGCGCAGACAGGUCAGACUGUUUUCAGUCCUGAUGACGUUCAGGAAGACGUCAGUCAUCUCCAACGGCGGUAUCGGGAUCCUGACCUACGACCUGGCCUCCAUGACCCUUGAAGACGUCGGCGUGAGCUCCAACGCCGCCGAAGGCAUCAUGAUCGCCAAGUUCGCCGACGCCAGAAUGACCUUCUUGGUAACGCCGUAAAUCAGUCGGAUGACGUCAUCUCUCGCUUCAGAUGUCCAACGUCAACAUAUCGGCGCACAACGGCGGCGCGGCUCUUCUGAUGAGCAACGUCGCCAACUCGAAGAUCGGCCUCCAUGGAUGCCACGUCAGUGACAACCGGGGAGGAGGCGUCAGACUUGAAGGCUUCGCCGAGGAGACGUCAGUCACCGUGACGUCAUGCAACUUCACCAGGAAUCGAGGGCCGACUUUGCUGAUUCCGAUGCUCCGGAAGGCGUCGAUUCUGGUCAAGAGGUCGUCAUUCAAUGAGAACACCUAUGACGUCUACAAAGACAAAGAAGGCGUCAUUUCGGUGGAUACCGAUGCGAAUCGGGGUAAGUUGAAAAUACGUUUCUGACGAUUUGAAUCAAUAUUAAGCAAAAUUCACAGUACAAAGUGUACAUAUAGCCGAUUCACGACUAGCUUGGGGCGGGGCCUGUCUGCGCUCUCCACCAAUCAGGCACUGUCUCGUUUAUUAUCGUGUCAGGACCCUUUUUACGGUUUAAGCCAAUUGUGAAUCAGCUAUAUUUGUACUUUAUAAGGCACUGAAAAAAUUUAAAAAGGGUUUUUCUUCAUUAAUGAAUCUGAAAAAUUGUGAAUUCUUAUGCUUCAAUGUCCGAAUCUGAGGUAGAUCACAAGUCUUGAGAUUUAUUUUCGAGUUUUAAGAGCAGAUUAUCAAGUUUAAAGCUUUCUCCGGAGCUGAAACAAUUAACUGAGGCUUUAAAAUACGUGUGUUCUAGCUCGCGCUUAAAAAUAUUAAAAAAAGCUCUGGAAAUUUUUUGUCUUAACUUCAAUUAACUAAAACCCUAUAGGGAUCACUUUUGCCAACUUUAGCGGUCCUUAUAGGGGUUUGUGAAGGGGUCCCUAAAGGGGCUCUCCUGAGCCAUGAUCCUUUAAACUUUCUUAAAAACGAUUGAAAAAAAAACCUUUUUCAGCCUCCUCCAUCCUUAUCACUGAUUGCUGUUUCGAGCGCAAUACCAUGCAUCAAAUCAUCAGAAUCCGACAAGUUUCCGGUAUACUGUAACUUUCUUUCACACCGUAAUUUUUCUUAUUAAAGGCACAUCGGUGCCGACGUCGAUAUCCCGCAACGAAUUCCGCGCAAACCUUGCUCAGACUGUACUGCUGCUGGCAUCGGAUGCGGUCAACGCCAGUGGCAAUUUUUUCGACAAUCCUAGGGUUUUUGUUUUUUGAUACCCCUGUCGGGGAAUUUCUAGUGACCACUUUAGUAGGGUCAGAACUCUUAAGUGAUCCCUAGAAUUAAUUGAAAAUUCCGGAGUUUUCGUUACCAAGGCUGAGCUGACAAAAACUCGAACUGUCAGACUUCUCUGCGCUCUCUAUUCUCUCGGUGACCUUAUUGUGUUUACGUCCUAUUUUUGAUGACGUCAUGGUUAAGAGGGUGCAGAAAGGCCAAACUGUUAAGAAUUCCACGAAAUAUUGAUUUUUUAGGCCUCCUGUGAAAUCACGUCCCAUGCUCCACGUGUCGUCUUGACUUCAGACGCGUCUCAAAAUUUUUUCGGCUAUGAUCAAGAAUCGGAGGUUUUCUACAGUAACCCACAGUAUUUAUUGAUUUUUGUUCAGAUUUUGAAGAAAAUGUGCGCCGGAAAUCAAACCUCCGGAUACGUUUCGCAAGUCGAAGCUUUCGAGAAUCGAUUGAGGGAUCCGCCGGUUAUUGAUUUAUUGAUUGAAAGUUUCCAUACACGAAAUUAGAAUUUCGUGAAGUUUGAGCUUUCGAAAAUUGGAUUAAAAUAAUAUUUCAGUAGAAAUAUGGUUUUUGGAUUUUUUGUUAGUGGUACUAUAGCAUAAUCUAGUCACAGUUUUUAAGUGUAGCUACACUAAGAAUAACUGCCGAGAUAAACGCGAGACACUGGCGGUACAUUGACGAGCUCGCAAACAUCUCGCUUUUUUUCUCGCGCCGGUCUCGCAUUUUUCUGGGCGCCAGCUCGCACUUUUCUAGGCGCGAGCUCGCAUUUCUCUCGCAAUUUGAAAAUUUCCGAAAUGCAAGAUAAAUGCGAGAUGGCGCCGAGAAAAAUGCGAGGUCGCGCCGAGAGAAAUGCGGGAUCGCGCCUAGAAAAAAGCGACAUUUUUGCGAGUUAGUCAAUGUACCGCCACCGAGCUCGCGUUUAUCUCGUCAGUUAUUCUUAGUGUAUUGACUAUUUUUUCACUAUUUUUAUUUGUAUCAGAGCUUCCUUUCGAUACGCUCGGUCUGUCCCUGCGCAUGCGCCUUUAAAAACUGAAUUUUUUAGGGUUAUUUAGAGGCGCAUAUAGAGAAACAGACCGCGCGCACCGAAAAAAAAAGAAAUUUGUAGCUUGGAAAAAAAAAUUUGCGACAACCUGUUGGGAUAUGUCGAAGCAUUUUACCAUCACUGUCUGAUUUUUCAGAAGUUUUUUAGUUUGUUGAUUUUUUGAAAGAAAGGAACUGUUCAGGAUUCAAUACCCUUCAGGAACUUCAGAGUGGUCCCUAUAGGGGCAACCGGAGAGGAUCUUGGAAGGUCCUCUCUAGGGACCCCUUUACCAACCCCUUUAGGGGUCUCUUAUAGAAAACAUGCUAGUCGAUAAUUUUUAUGAGCUCUAUGCGAAAAACUAGACAAAUAACCUUUUUGAAUCAAAUUGGAAAACCCCUAUAGGGGCCACUUGAGCUUUAGAAGCUAAGGCGUCAGACCCUGAACCCCUAUAGGGACCACCUUGAAAUUACCGCUAUAGGGACCACUUCAAAAUUCUAUCAAUGGAAAAGUACAAAAAGUAAAAAUUGAAGUGUCUAUCGAAAAUCUCUUUGUUAACUAAAACCGGGCGUUUCUGAGCAAUUCUAGGGGCCACUUAAGAGUUCUCACGCUACUAAAGUGGUCACUAGAAAUGCUUCAACAGGUCCUGUACGCUGAAUUUUUCUCAUCCCUUUUUUUUUUUGUAGAUUUCUACCUCAUCCACUCUCCAAAAUGUCCUCGACAUCGAUCCCGAAAAGCCGUCCGUCAAGAUUUCCGCCUCUCAAACGCCAUAUUUGUAAUAUUCCUUCUCGAGUAAUGGAAAUAUUUGUUGGAGUUUCAGUGUCGCCGAGGAAAUCUUCGUGAAAAGCGGUCAAACCUUAGUUUUCGAGCCGGGAACUGUGGUUGACUUUGGGCCAGGCGUUGGUGUCACCGUUCAGGAUGGAGGUGGUUUUUAGGAAAUUAUAAAAAAAAUCUUUCAUUCGGCUCGAAACUUGAAGGUAUACAUAAAAUUUUGCAACAAAGAUUCAUAAUGGAAAAAAAAACUUGCAAUUUUAUCCACUACUUGGAAUUGAAGUUUGAAACUUUCAUAGCACAUCCUGUGGCAGAUUUUCAUGAUUUUAUGUCUUCCGAGCUUCAGAACUCUUUCCUUCGAUUCGCGUGACCUGUUUCUGUGCAUGCGCCUUUAAAAUAACGUAAAUUUUAGGCUAAAUUAAAGGCGCAUUCACAGAGAAAGUGCCGCGCGUAUCGAAGAGAAAGGUUUUGUGGUUCGGAGGAAAAUAUUCCUUCUGGAUGUAUGAUAUUUUGAUAAAAAAAUUUUGUUAUAGCCCAUUCCUGGCCAGCUUAUCACGAUUUUUUUUCCUUUGAGCUAAACAACCCUUCCCUUCGAUUCGCGUGACCUGUUUCUGUGCAUGCGCCUUUUAAAAACGGAAAUUUUAGGCUAAAUUGAAGGCGCAUGCACAAAGAUAUGCCGCGCGCUUCGAAGAGAAGGGUUCUGUAGCUUGGAGGGAAAUUUUCCUACUGGAUAUAUAAUAUUUAGAUAGGAAAAAGCUUUCCAAUUUUGUUAUAGCCCAUUCCUGCCCAGCUUGUCAUGAUUUUUAUGUCUUCCGAGUUUCAGAACCCUUCCCAUCGAUGCGUGUGGCCUGUUUCUAUGCAUGCGCCUUUAAAAAACGGAAAUUUUAGGCUAAAUUAAAGGCGCAUGCACAGAGAUAGGCCGCGCGUAUCGAAGAGAAAGGUUCUGUAGCUUGGAGGGAAAUUUUCCUACUGGAUAUAUGAUAUUUAGAUAGGAAAAAGCUUUCCAAUUUUGUUAUAGCCCAUUCCUGGCCAGCUUAUCACGAUUUUUUUUUCCUUUGAGCUAAACAACCCUUCCCUUCGAUGCGGGUCACCUGUUUCUGUGCAUGCGCCUUUAAAAUAACAAGAAUUUAGGCCAAAUUAAAGGCGCAUGCACAGAGAUAGGCCGCGCGUAUCGAAGAGAAAGGUUUUGUGGUUCGGAUGAAAAUAUUCAUUCUGAAUAUAGAAUAAAGCUUUUCAAAACUUGUUAUAGCGCAUUCCUGCCCAGCUUGUCAUGAUUUUUAUGUCUUCCGAGCUUCAGAACCCUUCUCUUCGAUUCGCGUGACCUGUUUCUGUGCCUGCGCCUUUUAAACAACAGAAAGUUUAAGCUAAAUUAAAGGCGCAUGCACAGAGAAAGGGCCGCGCUCAUCGAAGAGAAGGGUUCUGUAGCUUGGAGGGAAAUAUUCCUUCUGAAUAUAUAAUAUUUAGAUAGGAAAAAGCUUUCCAAUUUUGUUAUAGCCCAUUCCUGGCCAGCUUAUCACGAUUUUUAUUUUCCUUUGAGCUACAGAACCCUUCUCUUUGACGCGCGCGGCCUAUUUUUGUGCAUGCGCCUUUAAAAUAACGGGAAUUUUAGGCUUAAUUAAAGGCGCAUGCACAAAGAUAUGCCGCGCGCAUCGAAGAGAAGGGUUCUGUAGCUCGGAGGAAAAUAAAAAUUUUCAAAAGCUGGUGCAGAAUAGACUAUAAUCACUAUAUGUAUAUUUUUGCAUUACAAUCUAGGAAAGUAUUUUUUUAUGUUUUUCACGAAAAUCAUAAAAUAUAGUUUUUCAAUGAACUAUAAGCUUUGUUUAGUUCAACUUCAACAAGUUCUUAUAAAAAAAUAUAAUAUUUUUUUCCAGGAAAGUUGAUUUUUCGACGGGAAUGGAGAAAAACCGGUGGUUUUACGGGGAUUGGAAGGAAAUACCUGGCGCGGCGUUGUUGUUAAGCCCGGUGAUUUAUUCAACCUUUCUAAUCAAUUAAUUAGUUUUUUUGAAGGUGGGAAGCUGGAAAUGAGCGAAACGGUGAUUGAAGACGCCUCGAUCGGGCUCUGGAUCGAUUCGGAAGACGUCAAAGUCGCUGGCGGAAGGAUUGUCAGACCUAAUGUCAGGAUCUUGUCAAUUCAGUGAAAAAUUGAUGAUAAAAACAACAGAAAAUCUAGGAAUUGCAGAGGGGUCCCUAUAGGGGUUAGGGUGGAAGACAGCCGCUAUAGAGGCCGAAACAGUGGUCCCUAUAGGGGUAAAGUCAAGGUGGCUUCUAUAGGAGUUUGGUCUUUUUGUCCAUGAAAAAAAGCAAUUAUAGAAAGAAAAUAGCUAUCGAAAAUUCGGAAAAGUUUUAAUCCUAAAAUUUUAAUAUUCUCAUCGGAAAUCUUUAAAAAAAAAAAUGGCAAAAAAAGUUAGCGGCAAAAGGAUUCGAACCUUCCUCACACGCUCCGCAGGCUAACAAGCUAGCCACUGCACCACGCUCCUAGCUGCCACUCAGUGGUUGGUGGCGCGGUCAGAUUCCUUCCAAACGGCGUCACAUGGUGAAGGAUAAAAACUUUGAAAACUUUGCAUAUCUUCAAAACAAAAAGUUUGUGCAGGUAGUGACUAUGAGGGAUCGAUUCCCAGUCCAUCAAAGAUUGUUUGAGCAAAUUAAUAAAAAAUUCUGAACCCUACGCUAAAAUGACCUCCCAUGUUAGCCCCUAUAGCUCAAGUGAACCCCAUAGGGGUCUUCCAAAUUCAUUAAAAAACGCUUAUUCGUUCAGUUUUCUUAUGGAAAUGCUUCUUUCAUAGAGUUCGUAAAAAUAUUUCCCCUAUAGAGGCCACUUUUGUAAGCUUCAGUGACCCUUAUAGCGGUUUUUGAAGUGGUCCUUAGAGGGAUUCUUCAAAAACCCCUAUGGUUGCCACUUUAGGGAACACUCUGGAGUUCUUAAGAACUAUUUUUGUAAUUUUUUUCAGUCUUUUUCUCGAAGAAUACUUGUGAAUUUAGAAUUUUGUAAACCGCGAUUUUUCAAACUUUAAAUUUUUUUAUAAAAUCACCAGGUCAAAAAAAUCGUUCUUCUUGAAAUAUUCUACAGGUCCAUGGCGUGGAAAUCACCCAUAAUUCGAAUGACGUCAUCGAUUUGGGCGGUCUGAUCAUUGAAGAAUGUGCGGUGACGGCGAUUGGCGUCGAUGAACGGCGGGAUGAUUUAUUGAUUGAGUUGGUUAUUUAACUUGAAUAAAAAAAUUUUUUUAGGAUCCAUUUUCAGAUAAGUUUAAGAGAUAUGCGAUAGACAGUCCUGGGGGGCGGGGGGGGGGCUCAAUUUUUUUAAAUUUACUUUUAUAGGAUCCAAGAGAACAUAAAAAAAUUUAAUACGUAUUUUUGUUCGUACCAAAAUAAGCCUUCAGUAAUUUUUCUGUACACAGAAUGUUAUAGUGAAUCCUUACCGACUUGAAAUUCGAGAUGGGUGGAUCAGCAAGUGAGAUGCGAUGCGUGUGCGAUGCGGUUUUUUUGGCGCGAAAAUUGAGAAUUAAAAAAAAAUUUUCCUUGUUUGAUAGAUUUUCAAUAACUUGGGAUUAUUUAUAGUUCAAAAAUUAUAGCUGAUCUACGGCUAGCUUGGGACGCUAAAGGGGCGUGGCCUGUCUGGGCUCUCCACUAGCCAGGCACUAUCUCGUGCGUUGUCGUGUUAGGACCUUUUUUUUGAUGGCUCAAGCCAGCCGGGAAUCAGCUAUAAUUGACCUACUAAAUUAAUAAAGAGCUUCUGAUUUUUUCCAUGAUUGAAUUUGAACUCGAAUUUCCCGCCAAAAGCCGCGUCGCACACGCAACGCGUCACCUCGGUCAACCAAGCCCCUCGCAAGCUGGCCAAGUGUCAACGGGUUUUCCCGUGUUGAGCCCGUGUUUUUGAGGCUAUUUAGCUCUCAGUUGUGCUAAACGGGAGAACAACGGGUGUAAGAAUAAAUAGGUGUCCCAGCUGUGUUCAUUGAGAAAAUAUGAGGCCUUACUGGGUUACAGGAUUUGAAACUCCAGUUAGAAGUUUCCAGCUAACCUGAGCAAACCUUAGGAACGUCAAGAUUCUGAACGGUUUCGGCAGCGGUAUCGACUUUGUCUCCCCGACUGGAAACUUGCAACUCAAGAAUGUUGAGGUUGAUUUUGAUAUAAUUUAUAAGAUUCCUGAUUUUUUCAGUGUGGUAUCAAGUCUGAAAAAAACUGCAACACGAUUUCAGAUCGAAAACGGCGGAUCCCAUGGAAUCCACAUUUCGGAAUUUCCAUCAGCCCCUCUUCAAUCGAUUUCUCUGAACAAUGUCACCGUUAGAAAUCAAACUAGAGGCAAAAAAAGGAAAUGCCCAGAAUAUUCUCGAAAAAAAAUGUUCCAGGUCAUUCCGGAGUUUUGAUCUCUGGUGGUUGGAUCCAAAAUGUUUCAAUUUUCAACUCAAAAUUCGAAGGAAACUCAGUCCCGAGCUUGAUCCUCAGCUUAGAGGUUUCUUGCUCAUGUUACCUGAUAAUUUAUCAAUAUUUCACUUCCCAGUGCAACGACAACGCUGCCAGAACGAUUCGGAUUGAAAAUUCGACUUUUGCCGAAAAUGAUGACGUCAUAACUGAGGUUGAACUCGGCAGCUGUGUUAAUCUUGAGGUUCCCCAAUUGGCUGCGCAUCAACUUAUCGAUUUUUAGGUCCAAGGAAAUCGAUUUGAAAGAAAUAAUAGGGAAGGAAUGGGUUCGGCUUUAGCUAUAGAAGCAGAUCCAGCGGGAAAGGUAACUCCCUAGAGUGACCCCUUGAAGCUUUUAUAGUAGUUUAUGACGUCAUUCACUUUCAGAAGACGUCAGGAACGAUAAAAGUCCAGGGGAACCAAUUCUUGGAAAAUGAUGGGAUGUAUACCGUAACCCUGGAUGCGACGACACACGAAGCUUUGAUGACUGAUAAUACUUUCAGCAGUGAGUACAUAGGCUACAGUAAUCUUCUUGAGAGGGUACGGUAUCUUACAGUAACCUUGUUGAUCCUUUACGAUAUAUUGAUGAUAAAUACCCUGUAUAAUAUUCCACUACUUAGAGUUUUAGUAAGCUUUAGCUCUUUUUUUAGUAGUGAUACUUACCGUAAUCCCUUGAGGAAACUUACCGUAUCCUACAGUGACCUCAAAUGUUCCAUAGACCUUUUAGGAAAAUUUCGACUGAAAUUGCUUUGUGAUGUCCAAUCUUUAGGAGAGCUACAGUAUCCUACAGAAUCCCAUUCAGACAACUCUAACACUGGAGCCGUCGUGAAGGUGACGUCAUCGAACGUUAGGAUCCAAAAUAAUCGAUUGGACAAUCCCGAGGCCAAAUUUCAGUUGUCGGCUCAUGGCGAUUCGGCUGGAAUCCUCUCUGGGGUGGUCUAAUGACGUCAUCUAAUAAUUUUAUGACGUCAUGUUUAGAUAAUUGACGCGACAAACAAUGAUUGGAGUACUGAAAAUGCUGAGCGAAUCCACAAUUUUAUCGAUGCUCCUGAUGGUUAAUCUAUUGAUUUUUUUUUGAUUUUUUAACAAAUUUUUUUAGGAUCGAUUAGAGUGCAUCCAGUAGCAGCCAAGAAACAGACUUUCACGCCGGCGACUACAGUAAUGCCGAACGUCGAUGACGUCACGAUAAUUUCUGACGUCAUUUGGAGCAAAUGCGCGCAUCUGAACAACUGUUCCAAGCAUGGAAAAUGUCAAGGUGAAAAAAACUUUUAGGAACUGAAUUUUAUGAAAUUUUUGGCAUUUUAUUAUCAAUAGAGCGCACUUACCAACGGCUCAGAUUUUUUUUUUUGGUUUUGGUUGAAAAUCAUAUUUUUAAAUAAUGUUUGAAUUUUUUUCUCGAAAACAGCUAAGAAAGUUUUUAGUGACCACUUUAGUGUUUCGACCUUUUAGCGGCCACUAGAAGAGUGGUCACUUAAGCGCCUUCUUCAGAAGUCUAAAUGGUACUAGUAGACUCCUAAGAACCACUCUAGUGGCUUCUGAGACGCAAAAUAGUGGCUUCUAUAGAGGUGGUUUUAGUGACCACUUAAGUGUCCUCUUAAAGUAGUCCUUGAGUGACCGCUUCAGGGACUACUAGACGUUUUCCCAAGAGCUUGAUUCAAAUAUUAACCGUGAAAAGACUUGGAAAAAAAGUUUAUUAAAAAUUUUUUUAUUUAUCCAAUUUUUUUCAGUUUCUCUUGUAUUUUUAAACUAAGAAGCUUCUAGAAACCCCAAUUUUUUUAAAGAUUAGAUGAGAGGAUCAACUAUGAAGACGCCUAUGUAUUAUAAGAACUGAAAAAGAACGGCUUUUCAAGAAAAAAUCAUAAAAAAUUGAAAAAAGUCCUGGACUUGAUAUAAAUUUUCAGACGGCCUUUGCCAAUGCCAGCCUGGAUUUAUCGGCUUUGACUGCUCGGUGCCGAUGAUCUGCAACUGCUCGGGCCAUGGAUUUUGCGACAUUUUCAACAAGUGCAAGUGUCAGGAUGGUAUGGAUGGAAUACCAAUAAAAUUUUUCCAGAUAUCCAAAAUGUUCUGUGAACAUUUUUAUUGGUCACUUUAGGGUUAUGAGGUUUUAGUGGCCACUAUAGUAAUCGAAUAAGUGGCUAAAUGUAGUGGCCUUUUUAGGAGUCGAAGUGGUACUUCUAGACCUUUAAAAACUACUCUAGGGGCCACUAAGACGCAAAAUAGUUGCCUCUUUUGAGUGUACCACUUUAGCGUCAUCUCCAGGUAGCCCUUAAGGGAUCUCUUAAGGGGCCACUAUAGUUCUUCCCUCAUGCUUUCGUUUUCGUCUCAAUGGAGCGCAUUUUCGAUAUCAACCCUGUAAAAAAUCAAUUUUUUAUUAAUUUUUACGCUGUUUAGCAUCAAAAUCUACUGCAUAACGUUACACUAUAUUUUUCAGAUCACCAUCUUUUUUUUUAACCCAAUUUUUAUAGUUUUGCCAUUUUCUAAUUUCAAGGUUGGUCCUCCGAAGACUGUUCCGAGCCAGUUUGCGUUGAAAAUUGCCAGAAUCACGGGAAAUGCAUCGCCCCGAACACUUGCGAAUGCGGUCCUGGCUGGCAAGGUUUUUUUUCCCCAAAAGUACAGUAACCUUCGAUUUUUCGUUCCAGGACCAUUCUGUGAAGUUUCUUCUUGCGGCAAUCGAACAUGCCUCAAUGGGAAGUGUGAAGAUGCGAUUUGUGUUUGUGAGGAUGGUUGGAAAGGCUCCAGGUUGGGGUUUUUCAGUUGUUUUAAAUCUUCAAAAUGGGUUUUGGGGCGAUUUUAGGGCUAUUUUUCUGAAUUUUCCCCUCAAAAAUCCAGAUUCUGAGUAUCAGAGGUUACGUCAUUGAACUCUUCUAACGUUACCGGGAAUUGAGUUUAAAACAAUAAAUACUUAAAAAAAAUCAAAUAACCCAAAAAAAUUUCAGAUGCCACAUCCCGAUCUGCAAAAGCUGCUCCCUCAAUGGCGUCUGCACCGCUCCGGGUUACUGUAGUUGCUUCGAAGGUUACGGUAGCGAAGAUUGCUCGAAAUGCGUUGAAGACUCCUGUGUUGGCUGUGAUUUCGACUGUGACCACGGAUUCUGCGAUCCGGUUACAAAGUGAGUCGGAAUUGAACCUGGAACCUUUUUGGUGGGGGCCGAGAAGCUUAGCCAGUUGGCUAUGGUUGCAAGAAAGUUUCUAAUAGUUGACGUGUUAGUAGAGAGGGGCUUGUAGCUUCAAGAGGAAGCUGACUGGAUAGCUCAGUGGGUAGUGCUUUUGUUUUACAUUAAAAGGGUCGUUGGAUCGAAUCCUAAAAGGCUUCAGAACCUUUUUUGCAUUUCCUUUUUUUUCAAGUAGAUGAGAAGCUCAGGUAGUUCACUAUGAUAGAGCUGCUGUUAUGUGUCCUUAGCUCAGUGGGUAGUGCUCUUGUUUCACAUUAAAAGGGUCGUUGGAUCAAAUCCUGAAGGCUUCAAGAACUUUUUUGCAUUUUCGUGUUCCUUUAAGCGGAGGAGGAGAAGCUUAGCUAGUUCACUAUGAUAGUUAGCUCAGUCGGUAGCGUUCUUGUUCACAUUAAAAGGGUCGUUGGAUCAAACCCUGGAGCUUCCUCGAUUUUUUUUGCAUUCUUUGUUUCCUUAAGUGAAGGAGAAGAAGCUCAGGUAGUUCACUAUGAUAGAGCUGCUGUUAUGUGCCCUUAGCUCAGUCGGUAGCGCUUUCGUGUCUCAUUAAAAGGGUCGCUGGAUCGAAUCCUGGAGCUUUCUCGAUUUUUUUUUUUGCGAUUCUGUGUUUCUUUGAAUGGAGUAGAAGAAGCUUAGCCAAUCAGCUAUGAUGAGGCUGCUGCUAUGUAUUGUUAGCGCAGUGGGUAGCGCUUUCGCGUCUCAUUAUAAGGGUCGCCGGAUCGAAUCCUGAAGCUUUCUGGAAUUUUUUUGCUUGCUUUUUCAUGUGGAGGAGCAGCUUAGUGUGUGAGCUAUGUAUCACUAGCAAAGUGGUUAGCGCUCUUGUUUCUCACCCAAAAGGUCCCUGGUUCGAAUCCUCAACAAGUCUGUUUCAUUUUUGCCAUUUUUCAGGACCUGUUCCUGCUCGAAAGGUUGGAGCGGCGCCGCCUGUGACCUUUGUGCCUCUUCAAAUUGCGUUUAUAAUAGUCGGGUUUUCCCUGGAUUUUUUACGGUUUUAUAUUGAUUUUCUCAGAUUUUAUACAUCCAACCAUCGACCGGAGAGAAAGAGGACGAUAACUUGGUGGUGAGCGUGUAUGGGCUGGAAUUCCCAAAGUUGGAUUUUAUUGGCUUCAUGAGCAAUAAUUUUACUUUCAGAACAAAAAAUGGGACUUUCACCUGCACAUUUGGACAGACGGACGUGGAGGGACAGAGAAUCUCGUCGUCUUUGAUUCGAUGUGAGAGAAAAAAAAAUAAGGGGGGGUGCGCCGAUUUGAGGAGGGGGUGCACUUUUUUGAGGGAGGGUGGACUUUUUUAGAGGAAAGGUUAGUUUAAUAAUUGCAAAGGAGUGUAGAAAAACUCACAAUGAGAAAGGAUUAAUGUCCUGAAGUUUUUAAUUAUAGUUACCAAUUAAAGAGGGAGGGGAGGGUGCGCCUUUUUGCGGGUACCCACCAAUUUAAGAUUGAAAUUGACUCCUGCAGGUCCUGUUCCAUCCAACAUGACCCUAGGACGGCACGUCUUCAGCGUCUCAGCUUCUGGACCGAAUGACGUCAUCGCGACGCCAGAUAAGCGACCGGUGACGUCAUCUAUCUCUUCAAAAUGACGUCAUCCUUCUGCAGAUUCACUUUACUCUCUACGAAGGCUGUAUUCCAUCGCUCUGCCAAGGCUCCUGUAUGGGACCUUUGUGUAUUUGUCCGAGUGGAAAAAGUGGAAUCCUCUGUGACGUCAUCGGUAAAAAAAAAUCCCCGGAAAAUUCCUAAUGACGUCAUGAAUCUCCAGAAGUCGUCCCGACGAUCGACCGGAGAUUUUUGGAGAACCAGAAGCUCAACGAAGCCACCGAAGGAACGCCGUACAUCUUGUCGUUCCCAACUAUGGUAAUAUGAGCAAUAAUGAUUCAAUAUCAGAUGUUUUUCAGUACUCAACGGUCCUUCGUUUGAACUCGACGAUCGCAGACUUGGACUUCAUCUCCUGGAAAGGAAUCGUGGCCUGGGAGGAUCCGAUCGGAUCCAAUGAGCCGUACAACAUCACGGCGACGGCUUAUUCCCCGGCAGGUACUGAACCAAGGACCUUUGGAGCGGGGGUUGGGAGCUUAACCGACUGAGCCAAGGCUAAGAGUUUGAUGGGAGCAAUGGUUAUGAUCUAUAGUCUGUUAGAAUGCUUGAACUUUUGAGUUUUUUUUCUAGAUUAAGGUGUAGCUCAGCUUGUAGGAGGCUUGACCAGUCGUUUCGAGGUCCUUGGAUCGAUCCCGCUUAGAUGUUUUUUUUUUGCUUCUUGACACGCAUGUCUGCGUCUCUCUGUUCCCUCAUAGGGGGUCAGAGAAAAAGGAAAUAGUAUGGAAAAAUGGGAGGGUCGCCGAGAGACGAGGAGGGCGCAGAGAAAGAGAACAGUCGCGAAAAAGGGAGUACAGCAUGGAGUUCAAGCAGAAGUGACUUCUUAAGGGAACUUAUUUUCCUAUUUCCACCAUUCAUUUUUAUCAUUGAUGGACCCUAGAGGGGCCACUUUGGGCUGGAUUUCAUAAAUUUUGCAUAAAUUUUCUAUGUCUGCGUCUCUCUGUUCCCUCACCGGUGAGGUCAGAGAAAAAUGAUGAAAUAGCACAGCAACAUGGGAGGGAUGUCGAGAGAUGAGGAGGGCGCAGAGAAAGAGAACAGCCGCGAAAACGUUCAGGCAGAAGUGACCUCUUAAGGGUACUUGUUUUUUUAAUGGACCCUAGAAGGGCCACUUUGGGCUGGAUCUUAUAAGAUCUGCAUUUUUUUGAGUACAUGAUGUUGUAUAAUCCGUUUGAAAGAGGCGAGACUUCUCUGCGCCCUCUCAUGUUUGCGUGCUAUUCCCGAUGAGGGAACAGAGAGACGCAGACACGCGAAAAUUGUCAAAUCGCGGCGGACGGACUAUAGAGCUCGUUGUCCAGAGAAAAAUUCGGGAAAAUAAAAUAUUUUUAGGAGAAAGCAGUUUCACCUGGAAUCUGACAGUGAAGCCGAGCUAUUCAGCCAAAGUUGAUAAUAUCGAAAUUCGUGAUAAAGUCGCUGUUAUCAAUGGGCGGAUCAUUGGGAAUAAUGUAUUUUCCUCCCCAAUUUUCGAGCUCAAAAUCAAAAAUUUGAAGACAAAACGAGCAUUGCCCGUGACGAUUCGCAUCCGAAGGGGCGGAGCCAAUGACGUCGACGAAAUCCUGGCGAAAAGUGACGUCACCGGAGCGAUUCGAUACGAAUUCGUUCCCAUCGCCGGUGGAGAAUAUCAUGUUGUAAGUUUUUCCAGAAAUUUCUCAAGUUUUAUGAAAUUUAGUCAAUCGCGCACCCUGGAGUGGCCACUCAAGAAGAGAAAACCUUCAAAAUGAACGAUUUGAAUUUGAAUUUGGCGGGCAUUUCUCAUUCGACCGAGUUGGAACUGACAGUCGAUGGGUCCAAUGAUUGCGAGGCUCGAAUUUUGCAGCCUCGAAAUUCGGGCAAAAAUAAAGUUGUCAAGGUUUUGAGAUACUGUAGAACGUACAGUAAGACUUAUUCAGGGCCAAGAAACGAUCGUUUUGGAUUACGGUAGCGAAUAUCAUGAUGAAGUCAUCGCCACGAUAAAAUGCACCAAUUCUUCCUUGGAAAUCGUCAGGUUAAUCAAAGACAUGGAUUGCUAACAUGAGCUAACAUGAGCAAUGCGAGUUUCAGAGCGCCCCCAGAGCCGAAAUCUUCAGUGGCCGUGACACCGCGAAUGCUCGCUUUUUCCGAUGAGACCGAUUUUUCCAGGAUUUAUGAGGUUUUUCAGGGUACUGUAGUCAAAAUGAAGUUAUUUAAAGGUUACGGUAGCCGAUUGGUCUGCAAGUUUGGUGGCUGCUCCGUCCUUGAAGUCGGUGUUCGUUGUGGGAGCCGAUAGGGUUGUAGGCGAAGGUUUAUAAGUUCUUUACCAUGAGCAAUAAACCGUUGUGACGUCAUAGCCGAAGAUUAAAUGACGUCACCUUCAUUUAGAAGUUGAAAAUUCCAGAAACUCGGUUUUUCUUCGCCGUUGAUCCAACGAAAACUCCUGCCAAUGGCACGAUCGAUUUUUUCAGCGCUAAGAAGGUUUUUUUCUUUUUAGGAGUUCUUAAAAAUCAAUGAAAAAUGAAAUUCCAGUUGAUCGCCAGCGUGCCGUUCUUCCACAUGGAAAAUUCGUCGAAAUACGUCAAUUUUAAGGUUUUUUCCUUGUUGCUUCACCUUAGAGAGAUCUUAGUGUGGUUAUGACGUCAUGGCAUGUUUUAUUAUGACGUCAUGACAUUCUUUGUUAUGACGUCAUGAUUAUUUUCGUACUCUGGAAUUAAAAUGACGUCAUCCGGGCUCUUCAAGUCGAAAUUAUCAUGAUUUCGAAUGCCAUAUUUUUUUCCUUUGAAAUACUAUGACGUCAUAGAAUGAUUAAUUUUUGACGUCAUAUUUAGCCUAAUCACUUUUUCUCACUGUGAAAUGUUGUCAUGUAGGUAAAAUGGGAUUAUUAAUUAUUUCCGGUCUUUUAUGACGUCAUUUAACUGCUUUUUCUGACGUCAUAAAAGAGAAAAGAAACUCUCCGUUUUAUGACGUCAUGAAAAAAAAGAAGCUCUCCGUUUUUAUGACGUCAUUUCGCUUAUGCAGAUUUGUGCACGAGAUGAAUGGGACGGCCAGGAGUCUUCUUCUCUGACGUCAUCAGAAGUCGUGACGAUAUCCUUGACGAACCUUCAGAAGGGCGUCGACGUUGCCAAAAAUAACGUCCGCGUCAAUGGUAGGGUUUGAUCCAUUGACCUUUUGGCUGAUGGGCAAGAGUUCUACCCACUGAGCUAUGCCUGUUACUGUCGUUCGUGUGAUAGGUUGACAUUGCUGGGAAGGCUGGAAGAUUCUACUUCAGAUUUUAUGUGAAUAAUAGCUUCUGAGCCUUCUAACCCUUCAGUGAGAAGGUCACAGGUUCGAUUCCCACACCCGUUUUUGCCAUUUUCAGUCCAAUGGGCCGAUUUUACGGUUCUCCCCGGCUUCUACCAGCUUCAAGUUUUUUCGGAAGAUCAUGAGCCGAUUUCAGAAAUUAUUGAGGUUUUGGAAAGUUUUUCUAGUUGAAAAAUAUCUGUUCUUUCCAGUUGUCAGCCUUGAACUCGACGUUUUGUAUCCAAUUGACGUCAUCAAAGGCCAAAUCCGUACCGACGGUCCAUUGUUCGCAUUUUACAGCCGAUGGAUGUAG